AAAGAGUCCAAAAGGAGAUCAAGGAAGUAAUUGGCUCACAUCGCCCACCAGCUCUUGAUGACCGCAACAAAAUGCCAUACACUGAAGCAGUUAUCCAUGAGAUUCAGAGAUUUUCAGAUCUCCUCCCUAUUGGUGUGCCACACAUGGUCAUCCAAGACACUGCAUUCCGAGGGCACAUCAUCCCCAAGAACACUGAAGUUUACCCCAUCCUGAGUUCUGCUCUCCAUGACCCACAGUACUUUGAAAAACCAGAUGACUUCAACCCUGAACACUUUCUGGAUGCCAAUGGUGCAUUUAAGAAGAAUGAUGCUUUUAUUCCUUUUUCCAUAGGGAAGCGCAUUUGUCUUGGUGAAGGCAUUGCCCGCAAUGAGUUGUUCCUUUUCUUCACCACCAUCCUCCAGAAUUUCUCCUUGGCCAGCCCCGUGGCCCCUAAGGACAUCGAUCUCACACCCCGAGAGAAUGGUUUGGGCAGAGUACCUCCCACUUACCAGAUCUGCUUCUUACCCCUCUGA